AUGGAAUGGAGAUAUCGGAAUGGAGCCAGGGACAACGGAAGACGCAAACAAGCCUCGGUCAAACCCUCAACAGACGAAACAAGUGAUAAUGAAGCGACUAGGAGGGUGACCGAGGCUUUGGGUGCAGCAGUCGAAGUGGAGCGGUCAGGUGUCAAGAUGGAGACGUCAACCACUCUAGCAAUGGGGCCCUCAAACGCCUCCGAGACUAGUGGUAGGUCGACCGAGGCUUCGGACGCAAUAGCCAAGAAGGAACGAGGCCGGGCAUGCACGCUCAAGCCCGUGACUAAGUAUGGAGCUGAUGAUGGAGUGGCCCGUGAGUGGUGGAGUGCAACGGCUGCGAACCAAGCCUCGCUCGAGGCAGCCACAGCGUUGGGAAGUUGGAUUGGCAAUCUCGCAGAUUUUGCUGAUCCCGCUACACCACAAUGGUUGCGCGUGCCCGGAUCUUCUGGUGACUCGGGAUUUCACCGUGAGUCCCAAGAAGAAGUUCGAGUGAAGAAGGAACAAGGGGAUCAAGCGUCAUCGGAGUCGGGAUCGACGACGACGCUGCUGAAUGAACCAAGAUCCACGGAUCGACAGAGUGCAAGGAGGACCUCUGUCGGCGGAACCGAGGUGGAUCCAGACAUGGAUCCAGAAGAGAAACCUCAACCUCCUCCACAGGUCCCUUCGGGGACCCCGGUGGAUCGCGACGCGAGUCAAACCAAGUCGAUGACACGAGCGAAGCUGAAGGCCCCGGAUCUGGAUGACGAAGAUUCAAAAGCGUCAUCCCACGAAGAAUCCGAGGAGGCAGGCUGGAUACGUUACCACGAGAAGCAGCUACGUGACUUCCUGGCUUGGGAUCCCAUGAUGCGGCUGCUUGGCGUGAAGCCGAUCGGAGAAGGGCCUGUGGCAUUCCCUGCACCCGCCAAGCGUGAAGGGAUCCUGGCCGAGAUGGAGCGACUCAUGCAGCGGCUGAAGGAGGCCGGCCUUGUAGCUGGCGCCUUCGACGCGAGAGCGAUCUACGACGCCGAUCCAAUCCAGAUCCACGCGACGACGGACAUGCUGUUCAACAGGCUGAAGGCGCUGGUAGGUGAGAUCCGGAUCCAGAAGUCCCGGAUCCAAGUUCACCUCAAGCUGGAUCCACAGGAUGCCGAACCCUCGAUGCUACGCGCCCGAGCCCAGAUCCAGCGUGAAGCAAGCACUCAGCCCCGAUCCCAGCCCCGACCCAAGAAGCCGUCGACUCCUUCGGUGGAUCCAACAGCUACGGCAUCAGGAUCGAACAUGUCGACUGGCAGGCUUGAGUCAUACUUUCAGGCAGCCAUGGGCAGGUUCUUGAAGGAGCAAGGCGUGUUGACCCCGACACAGGCGCCGGAGGCGACGCAGAACGCCGGAUCCCAGGACGUGGAAAUGGAGUCCACUGGUUUGUCCGAUCCAGAUCAACACUGGAAGUACGAUCCAGAUGACAUCGACUUCCCGGUCCCAGCUCGCGCUACAGUGGCCACCACCGCGACCGGAUCCACAGGUUCGGCCCUGAUCCAACGAGUCCGGAUCUCAGCGGUCUCGGAUCUGAAGGAGUUCUCAGGGAAGGACCAGGAUGAGGAUCGGGCGAGAGCAUGGAUCAGUAAGGUGAAGUCUGCGUUCCUCCGUGACCAAGCCCCUGACGAGGAGAAGUGCUUGACCUUCGCGGACCUUCUGUCCGGAUCCGCGAGGAACUGGUAUCGCCAACUACCUCGAUCCACACGCAACAAGUGGUCGGAUCUGCUCCGCAGUUUCCAAACCCAGUACUGUGGAUUGGUGAUCUCCGUUGCUCGCCAGUAUUACCACGCGCGCAAGCGAUCCGAUGAGUCUCCGCUGGAUUAUCUCUACCGACUUAAUGUCGCUGGACUCCGCGCCCGACUCAAGAUCAAGGAUGCGGAUCGACUGACAUUGCUCCGACUGCCGGAUGCUGACGAGCUGGAAGAGGUUCUCCGCGCACUGGAUCGGGCGAAGAAUCGACAGAAGAAGUCUGCGAAUGGAGCCAGCAAGUUCCGCCAGAAGGCCCCCGCGACACCCGCACCGGCCGCUCCGGCCAAACAUGUGCGUGCGAUCCAGGUCCAACCUGACACGGGAUCCGAGCCUGGAUCCAGCGAUGAAUCUGACUCCGAGUGCGACGAUUACCGCAGGAUCUAUCUGGCGGCAGCCCAAGACCACGCGAAGCCUGCAGAGGAAGAGCAGAAGACUCUGGAUCGAAACCUUCAAGACCGUCCGAAGCAGGAUCCACCGUCUCGCGACUCCCGAUCCAGGACGCAUGUGGGGGGACCCGAACGUAGUCGAUGCACGCACUGUGGAUCCAAGCGGCACUCGCAUCUUGCCUGCUGGAAACGCUUGACGUGUGAGAAGUGCGGCAAGAAGGGUCAUCCAGGUGAUCACUGCCUUUUCGUGUGCUGUGGAUGUGGUGAACUUCAUGACGUGGGCCGAUGCCCGAAGGAAGAGUUCUACAACCAGAUCCGCCAGUGGUUCAAUCCGGCCAAGCAUGCGGGGAUGCUGCCAGAGAUGGCGGAGAAGAUAUCCGACACGACAGUGGAAAUGGAUUAUGAUCCGGAGGCACGUCAGGGAUACUGGAAGCAGCAGGAUCCAGACCAGUGGUUUAAGCCUACCGAAGGUGAAGACACGGCUGGAUCCAGAUCCAGGCGUGUUGCUGCGAACCGGCGGACCACGGAUCCAGAAUCUUCGUAUCUCCUACCCGGAGAAUCCCGAGGAUACUGGAAACAACAUUCGCCAGGGAAUUGGUUCCGUCAAGCCAAGAUCCACGGUAAGAUCAACAAUGAGAAAGCGAUCUUAGUCCUAGAUACAGGUGCCGAGGUGUCCAUCGUGGAUACCGCCUUUGCUCAGGCCAUCCUCGGUAUGGAUUACAUGAUGCCGGCCGGGAUCCGGCUGGAUCUGGCCGACGGGACUCUCUGCCUGCCCGAUGAAGUCCGGAUCCAGCUCAGCGGACGCCGUCCACUCUACAGUGACAAGGCGCAGUCCGUGAAGCUGGAUCGAUACUUGCAACUUGGGAUCGGAGAGUCCGCGGAGCUGCCCAUGCGUCUGCGAGGAUCGGAACACGACAAGCUGUGGGUUACGCGAGGGGAUCGAUGGGUGCCUACGGUAAUCAAGGGCCCAGGCAAGGUACGGUACCUUCAGAUCACGAACAUCGGAGAGAAGGAGCUGGUGUUGCGCCAGAGCCUCCAAGUCGGGAUGUGGCUGGCCGGAGAUCGAGUCCCGCGGAUCCAAGGUUACGUGUCCAUCGGAUCCCGCCGCUACAUGGAGUGGCAGAACCUCGCGCUGCAGGCCACGACGGACGCUGGAUCCACGGAGGCGGAACCCCCGGAGGCCCCACCAGGGCCUAUGGUGGAGCGCCCCGAAUACCCGACGCCGCGCGCAAUACUGCAGAGACGGCAUCCAGCACAAGUCCGACAGGUGGAGGCCAGAUCCAAGGGAGCUGAGGACGGACAGGACGGAUCGUCGUCAGAUCCACCCGACCAGACGACUGAAGGACACAUCGCCGGGACGACAGGAAUACCGCUGCUCCAAGCUUCGACUACGGCUCAUGCUUCGAUCCAGCAGCUGAAGGUCCGCCGAAGUCCGAUCCAAGCGGUGGAGACUCCGUGGGAAGAGGCGCGCCGACACCCACGCGACGGGCGUCUACCCGGGUGCAAGAAGCCCAAGCAGCUGCGCCUAAUCGUACACCCGCUCCCGAUCCAGACGAAGCUCCUGCUGAAUGCGCGCCCGGCCUGGAUCCAAGCGCCGAUCCCAAUGUCGAAUACUCGCUGGGACCAGACGAUGGAUCGACAGACCAAGAUCCAAUGGACGAUACGCAAGGUUGCGAGGGGCGCUGGGUCCAGAUGA